UUUGUAAGCAGCUCUGUGAGGGUAAGGUAUCGCUCCCCUCCCCAAAUAAAAAAAAAUUAACCACCCCUAACGAAGCCAGCACAAAUUUAUUGCAAAAUAAGUCUAUUCUAAUUGCCAUCACACCUCAAAAAGCCAAAAAAAAAAGAAAACAAAGAAAUGAGGAGAAGCGUUGCUGUUUCUGCAAUUGAUGUGAUUCGUGGAAGAGUAUUUUUUGCAGCUCCAUUUUCGCAUAAAUUUGGUAUUCUCUCUCCUCCAUUGUCUUUCUUUUCUUUCAAUUUUUAUAGCAAUCGACCUUUUUCUCGUAAGGUGCCCAGAAUAGAUUUCAGUUGUGUUAAAGAAUUAGAUGAUGCUAUUCGCUUGUUUCAAGAAAUGAAGAUAAUGCGGCCGCAGCCUUCUGUUCCCACGUACAACAAUCUUUUGAGUAUUACUGUAAAGAUGAAGCAGUAUUCUUUUGCACUCCAUAUGUUCGACGAAAUGCGUCGAAUGGGUACCCCCGUUAAUCAUUUCACUUUCGCUAUCUCUAUCAAUUGCUAUUGCCUUCUCAAACGUGUAGACUUUGGAUUUGCUGUAAUGGGCAUCUGCUUCAAGAGCGGUUACGAACCUAAUGUUGCCACAUUCACCACUCUCAUUAAAGGUCUUUUCUUUGAUGAUAAGGUCACCGACGCAGUGAAAUUGUUCCUAACGAUUUUGGAUUUUAGAAUAUGCAAGCCUAAUGAUGUCAUGGUUCUUACUGUCAUAGAUGGGCUUUGCAAAUGUAGACAAAUUCUUGUUGCUCGGGAUUUGGUUCGUAGAUUAGAAAGAGCUAGGUGGAGACCUGAUGUUAAGUCUUAUAACGCAUUGAUUAACCGGUUAUGCAAAUGUGGAAUGGUGGAUGAUGCUUUCCAACUUCUAUCUAAGAUGGUUGGCAAGGGUAUUACACCUGAUGUUGUCUCAUAUAAUUCGAUGAUUCAGGGGUUGUGUGACGUUGGUAGAGUGGAAGAUGUUGAACACUUGCUAAAUGAAAUGGUGAAUUCUAAUAUAUCUUUUAGCGUCAUUACUUUCACCAUAGUGAUUGAUGCAUUCUGCAAGGAAGGAAUGCUGACAGAGGCUGAAGAUGUGUUGAAAAUUAUGAAGCAACGAAAUGUUAGUCCUAAUAUUGUCACUUAUAAUGCGUUAAUGGAUGGGUAUUGUUUGCGAGGGGAAAUCUAUAAAGCACGGAAAGUACUCGAUUCCAUGGUAGAUAGGGGACUUAUGCCUGACAUCUUUAGCUAUAACAGGUUAAUGAAUGGAUAUUGCAAGAAUGGAAGAGUGGGCGAUGCUUGGCGUCUUUUUCUCGAACUUCCUUGUAAAGGUUUGGAGCAUGACUCGUGCACUUAUAAUAUCAUGAUACAUGGAUUGUUUAGUAAAGGCAGAUUUUCUGACGGCUGGCAGCUUUUCAAGGAUAUGCAAGUUCGACGAUUAAGUCCAGACUUGCACACUUAUACUAUAUUGUUGGAUGGGUUGUGUAGGAAUGGGGACAUUGAUGAAGCUCUUUCAUUACUACACAGUAUUGAAGUGAAAGGAGUUAAUCCCAAUAUAUUCAUAUACGGUGCUGUCAUUAACGGAUUAUGCAAAAAUGGAAAACUUGAUGUUGCAAGAGAUCUUUUUAACCAACUUCCUUCUAGAGAUGUGUUACCUAAUGCUCGAACAUAUAAUAUGAUCAUUGGUGCACUUUGUCAAGAAGAUUCUUUGGAGGAGGCAAAAUGUUUGCUUAUGGAGAUGCAAAACCGCGGUUGUGCACCAAACGACCUAACAUACAACAUCAUGGCUCGAUGUUUGCUAAAGAAGAAUGAUUUUCAGCAGGCAAUACCGUUUUUGGAAGAAAUGCGCCAAAAGGGAUUUUCAGCGGAUGCUUCUACUUUUUCCAUGCUAAUUGAUCAAAUGCAAGGACGAUGUGAAGAUGAUUUUCUUUUCAAAUUGAUGAAGGAUGUUUUGCCCAAGGAAAUUGUGUCAGUCCAUUAAUUCGUCUAAAAUACAGCCAACAUCAUGGGGAUUGAUACUUGUCUAUUUCUUCUUCUUCUUCUAUUAGUAAUUUUUUUUCUCCUUUUUCUUUUCAUCCGAAGAUUUUUCUCGUGAUGUUUGGAUGGGCAUGAUUGAGGUUAUUUUACUCAUGUUGGUUUUAAGUUAGCUUCGUAGGAUCAUAUUGUUGCUUUUAUUUUGAUACUGGGAGGUGUUUUAAGUAGCAACUUUUAUGGUUACUAUCUUAAAAGGCCAUUUUAUUACUUGAUAUUAUUAGUUCA